GGGGAUGAGGCGGCGGCGGGGCCGGGGGCGGCCGGGGCCGCCAAUGUGUCCAGUAUAAAGCAGUCCCUGGAGCAGGGGAAAGGCUCCUCCAUGGGGAACCCGGACAUGGAGCGGAAGGCGUCCUACGAGGAUGUCUCUGGGGAGCCCGGGGGAGUUGGGGGGGUGGUCAGCACCAUCUCCAGCAGCAGGAGCCCCCUGCAGCCCCCCGAGGACACCGAGGACGAGCCCUUCACCACCUACUUCGACAGCAAGAUCCCGAUCCCCGAGGAUGAGACGGUGAGGGGGGAAAAUCCCCACGGGAAGAUCUGCCUCAGGCACCUGAGUCACUCCCACGGGCACCACUUCCCCUUCCAGCCCGGGCUGGGGAGGCUGGUCUGGAGAUGGGGGUUUGCAGGAGGAGGGGAUGGGGUUGUCCUGGACUGGGAAGGGGGACCUGGAGAUGGAGAUUGGGGAGAGAAAGGGCGAGGGGUCUCCUGGUUCCCUCGGAUCAUCCUGUGGCUGAUGGUGGAACUCGCCAUCAUCGGCUCCGACAUGCAGGAGGUCAUCGGCUCGGCCAUCGCCAUCAACCUGCUCUCCGUGGGCAAGAUCCCGCUCUGGGGCGGGGUGCUCAUCACCAUCGCCGACACCUUCGUCUUCCUCUUCCUCGACAAAUACGGCCUGAGGAAGCUGGAGGCGUUUUUCGGGUUCCUGAUCACCAUCAUGGCCCUGACCUUCGGAUACGAGGUACGUCCUGCCUGCAGGGGACACCGAGGGGCUGGAGCGUGUCCAGGGCUGGGAGGGUUCCUGAACCUCCGCUGGUCCCGCUUUGCUCGGGUGCUGCUCACGCGCUCCAUCGCCAUCACCCCCACGCUCUUCGUGGCCAUCUUCCAGGACGUGGAGCACCUGACGGGCAUGAACGACUUCCUCAACGUGCUCAUGAGCCUGCAGCUGCCCUUUGCACUGAUCCCGGUGCUCACCUUCACCAGCCUGCCCAGCGUGAUGCACGACUUUGCCAACGGCCUGUUCUGGAAGGUGGCCGGGGGCCUCCUGAUCCUGCUCAUCUGCUGCAUCAACAUGUACUUCGUGGUGGCCUACGUGAAGGACCUGCACAACCUGGGGCUGUACGUGGGGGCCGCCGUGCUCAGCGUGGUCUACCUGUCCUUCGUGGCCUACCUGACCUGGCUGUGCCUCAUCGCCCUGGGCGCCUCCUUCCUGGCCUGCGGGAACACGGGCCGCCUGGGCUUCGCCGCCCGCCCCGAGCUCUUCCUGCUGGGACACGUGGACUCCGACACCUCCGUCACCAGGUGAUCCCGGCGCCGGGAUCGGAUCGGAGCCCCCCGGGACCCCUCUGUCACCCAGCGCGGCAGGACAGACCCCCCCGGGCCCCCCCGGGCCGCGGGACCCCCGUCCCCCAGCGCGGCACAGCCCCGGGCCGCGGCAGGAGCGGAGCCGGAAUUCCCGGGAGAACGGCGGGAUCGGGAUCGGGAGGAGCCGGCGGGGCUCGGGGAGACCCCGGCCCAGCCCCCCCAGUCCGGGGGGGGUUUCCCCCAUUUUUCCGCCCCCCAAAACAGCUGAUCCGGGAAAGGUCCGUUGAUAUUUCCCGGGUUUCCAUCCCUGUCUCCCCACGGGGUUGGUGCGACGUUGAGCCUUGGGAGUUUUCCCUAACUGGGGAUAUUCCAGGCUGUUUCAGGAAUUCUCAUUAAAAGCCAGGUUUGCCGCCGGGCUCUGGCCUUGGGCCGGGGCUGGCACAGGGGACUGAGCUGUUUCCCGGCAUUCCCAGGAUUUUUGGGUGCUCCUGGAGCCCCAAACGAACCCUCAGCAGGGUUCGAGAGCAGCAACUCUCAGAGAACGCGAUGGAGCAGUUGGUUGGAAUUUCCAGUUGGAAAGGGAACAGUUUUCCUUUUCUCUUCGAGUUUCACUCCGUUUUAGAAAUAAAAUUAUACUCCCA